AUGAUGAUGUGGACGGUGAAGAAGGUUGUCGUGGUCGCCUCUGAGGGAAAGUUGCGGGACACCUUACGUUCAGUGGCGGCGGCGAGAAUAAACACUGCAAUGGAUCUUAAGAAUCAAGAUAUCUCUGGCCAGGCUCCGACCGGUAUAAUAUUCGGGACAUUAAUUAACCUUGCGGAGCAAGGUCAUGUUGGAUGGAACACUGAUACGAGUAAACUCAAAACUGCAACAAUCCAAACCACCGGUCAAUUUGCAUAUUGGAGCAAGAGAUACCUUACUUCUGUGUUCAAGUCUCGUGCGGGAUCUCUCUACCCUCGUGGCAUUAUGAGCGGUGUUACCAUCGUCAACAACACAGAGGAAAAAAUCACCGUUAGCAUUACUAACACCGACGACAAAGGGGCACCUGGAUUCUAUGAAAUUGCGUCAAAGAACUCCAGCACCUGGAAUCGGAGCAAAUUGCAAGUGUGCUAUGUGUUGAGGGCCGAUAAUGGAAAUACUGAGGUUCUUGUUGUGGAGCCUGGAAAAACUUACCAAGUCGGAGGCAAUAUGAACGAAGUCACCAUAGCCAACAACACCAUAGAGAAAAUCACCGUUAGCAUCACCAACACUGGCGAGAAUGGGGCACCUGGAUUCUAUGAAAUUGCAUCACAGGAGUCCAGCACCUGGAAACGGAGCAAUUUGCAGGUGUGCCAUGUGUUGAGAACCGACAAUGGAAAUACUGAGGUUCUUGUUGUGGAGCCUGGAAAAAAAUAUCAAGUCGGCUGA